UUGUGAGACGUAGCUCGGUGCAGUAGUGUGCCCCCGACUGUCGCGCUGAAGGGUUGUGCAGCUAAAAAUGCCAUUUGCAUUCUCGUGACUACUGUUGAUUAAAGUUUUGUUGUUGUUUUGUGGACUAUUAUAGACCAAAGUGAAGUUUCAGAACAUUAGUGCGUUGUUGCUGUCAGGAGAAUUAAGUUAAAACGCUCGCACCAUGCUGAGCUGCGCGCCUGCCGCCGCCAUGCCGCCCGCGCACGCCGCCGCGCAGCCCUGGGCCUCCUUCCUGCAUCCACAGCCUGUGAAAACGGAGCCGACGGAAAAUAUGGACGAGUCGUCCUUUUCUAAGGAGCAAGGAAGCGGUUUCUACUCGGAGGGGUUCCACAGCGCGUCGCCGUCGGGCUCCAGCAAGGACUCCACAGGGCACUCCCCGCGCAGCGUGGGCAGCGCCGGCGAGCCCGCGCCGUACUUUGACUCGCUCUCGCUGCACGCCAAGGCCAACCUGGGCCUGCACCUGGACGCCUACCGCGGCGGCCUGCCCUACAUGCUGACCCCGCCGGGCUUCGAGCCGCGCGCCACCGACCCCCGCGGACCCUCCCCGCCCUACGACGGCGCCUACUCGCCCGCGCGCGCGCACCUCCUGCCCAACAACCUCUCCACGCCGCUGCCCCGCGCCGACGCCACGCCGCCCAAGUCUCCCCCGAGAACACCCACCUCCACUGAUGGCGACAACAACGAUAGACGCGCUUUCCACGAUUCGGGAUUCGAUGGCGUCUCGCAACGGAAGGAUUCCGAGGACGGCAACGAUGGCUCCGGCAUGGACGAGGACUUCGAGGACGAGCCGGGCCUGCGCGUGCCCGCCGUCAACUCACACGGCAAAGUCAAGACGUUCAAAUGCAAGCAGUGCGAGUUUGUCGCCGUUACUAAGCUCAGCUUCUGGGAACACAGCAAGGAACACAUCAAACCUGAAAAGAUGCUCACCUGUCCGAAGUGUCCCUUCGUGACCGAAUACAAGCAUCACCUCGAGUACCACAUGCGCAACCACUUCGGGUCUAAACCGUUCCAAUGCACUCAGUGCUCGUACUCGUGCGUCAACAAGUCGAUGCUCAACUCUCACCUGAAGUCACACUCCAACGUGUACCAGUACCGCUGUGCGGACUGCAACUACGCCACCAAGUACUGCCACUCGUUGAAGCUGCAUCUGCGCAAGUACCAACACAACCCCGCCAUGGUGCUGAACAUGGACGGCACGCCCAACCCGCUCCCGAUCAUUGACGUGUACGGGACCCGCCGCGGGCCGAAGCAGAAGUCGAUGCACUCGAAGUCCUACGACCAGCCGCAGCACAGCAUGAACAACAAUAAAGUGCCACCGCCGCAGCCGACACACCCAUUAUUUAGAAACCAAUUCCCCAUAAACCUCCCCUACCUGCCUCCUCUUCUACAACACUCAUUCCUGUUCCCCCCAAACAACAAUUACGAGCCUAAAACUUCACCGAAGCCUGAAGCUGAAAAGCAGGUCGCGGGCAGCCCGCCGCCGUCCCUGCUGCAGCAGCGCCUGGCGUACCGCGAGCGGCUCAGCGACGCGCGCUCCGUGUCCCCCAGCAAGUCCCCGGCCAGCCUGCCGCGCUCCCCGCCGCCCCGCGCCUCCCCGCCCCGCGCCAGCCCGCCGGCCCAGCAGCCCGACGACGCCCUUGACCUCACUAACGCCAAAACUAGCGAAGCUGGUUCUCCGCCGCCGCAGAGGGACUCGGAGCGGCCGAUGCCGCUGACGCCGACGACGUCGCUGAAGAACCGGCGGAAAGGGCGCGCGUACAAGCUGCAGCCGGCGGCGCUGCGCCUGCAGCACGACGAGGAGUCGCGGCCCGCGUCCGGCACGGAGUCCGACGCCUCCGCCGACGCGCCGCCGCCGCCCAGCCACUACGCGUGCCAGUACUGCGACAUCUCGUUCGGGGACCUCACCAUGCACACCAUCCACAUGGGCUUCCACGGCUACAACGACCCCUUCAUGUGCAACAAGUGCGGCGAGCGCAGCGCCGACCGCGUCGCCUUCUUCAUCCACCUGGGCCGCGCGCAACACAACUAGACCCGGCGCAUGUUGAACCACGCGUCGACCUGUGGACCACACGUCGCACGGUGGACCACACGUCGACCUGUGGACCACACGUCGCACAGUGGACCACGCGCCGAGAUCACACUACCCUAGUCAUGGCAUUUGCUGAAGUUGCGAUCUGUUUUGUUAGUCAGGCGUACUCGAGAAUGGUGUGACAUGUUUAAUGGCACAGAUUGUAAAUACGAAAAUUGUAGUACUAGUCUUUUAGGGAGCCUUUGAUAUAUAAAUGUGAAAGUUUAGGUAGUAGGCGCAUCGAGAAAUUAAAAUUUAAGAGUAGCAUCGUAGGCCAAAGAGUUUCAUACAUUGUAAUUAAAUUAAACGUGUACAUAUUUAGGGUAGCGUCUUGAAUUUAAUCACUAGGUUAAUAAAUCGAUACCUAAAGUAGAUUUGUAAUUUAAAGUGAAGAAAUCUUUUUUAAUAAUUCUAUGUAUGUAGCAUAAAUAUCUUGUGUGUAUUAAAGAUUUUAGUCAGUAAAUAUGUUUAUAGGAUAUAUGAAAAAUAUUAGAGAGACCAAUAUGUAAAUCAAGACUGUUACUUGAUGUUAAGUACAAAGAAAAGCAAUUUCAAUUUGUAUAAAAACUUACUUGCCUCUUUUUAUAUAAAAAUCUAAUUAUGUUUAGUUAAAAAAAAACUGUACAUUUUAUAAGCAACGGUGAAGUUACCUAUUAGUCAUAGCGUAAAAAAUGUGAUUAAAUAAUUUUACAUAUUAAAGUAAAAACACUCAUUGCCUAAUCACUAUAUUACAUGUGAGUCAGAAUGUAUGUAGAUAUUUAUUUAGAAUAAGAAUACAAACUUUUAUUUAAUUUAUUUAUUCACUUGUGUUCAAUUGUAUUUUUAGAUAAACAAGUUACGGUAAUGGAGCCUGGGUUCCGCAAAUGUGUGUGCUGAAAACAAAACAAUAAAUGUGUUUUA